UGAGUCUCCUUCACUUACUUGGAAAAACAAAAUCUAACCAACCUUACUCAUGCGUAAAUUUUGCGUAAAACACAGUUACAAGAUUACAACCAAACAUGCUUUCUUCAACUUCUCCACCUUUGCUUCCUCUCUUCUUCAAUCAGAAGAAAACCAACGUCCUUCAAUCCAAAAACUUCGAAGCGCAUUGGCCAACCUCUUACAACAAAACCCUUCAGACAAACCCACUUCCUUUCAUAACAGAAUUCAUGCACGCAUUAUAGUGUUGGGUCUUCAACACGAUGUUUUUCUGGCCAACUUUCUCUUGCGUUGUUUCUCACGGUCUAGCCGUCUUCUCGACGCACAGCAGCUGUUCGAUAAAAUGCCUGAAAGAAAUUCCAUUACUUGGUGCACUACGGUUUCCAUGUAUGCCCAUCAUGGUUGUUAUAAACAAGCAUUGUUGGUCUUCUCGGAGUUUUGGAGAAGUUCUGAUUGGAGAGCGAGUGAGCAUGUCUUGACAAGCGUUCUCCGAGCCUGCACGCAGUUGGGCGGGUUCAAUCAAGGCUGCCAAGUGCAUGGUUUUGUUGUUAAGACGGGUUUUGAUCAGGAAGUCUAUGUGGGUACCUCUUUGAUUGACUUUUACGCGAAAUGUGGCGAUGUAGAAGAAGCAAGAUGGGUGUUUGAUGAUUUGGUUGUGAGAUCUUCUGUUACUUGGACUACGAUUAUAACGGGGUACGUCAAAGCUGGGAAAAGCGAAAUUUCUUUGCAGUUGUUUCAUCAAAUGGGAGAAACCGACGCUAUUCCUGACAAAUAUGUUAUAUCAAGUGUUUUAAGUGCAUGUGCAAUGCUUGGGUUCAUUGACGUUGGAAAGCAAAUUCACGCUUAUGUGUUGAGGAAAGGAGUUGAAAUAGAUAUUUCGAUUCUUAAUGUGCUUAUCGAUCUCUAUGUGAAGUCUGGCAAAGUACAAGCGGGAAGGAGACUCUUUGAUCAUGUGGCAGUGAAAAACAUUGUCACAUGGACCACGAUGAUAGCCGGGUACAUGAAAAAUUCAUAUGAUUGGGAGGCCAUGAAGCUAUUUUCUGAAAUGACGAGAUUAAGCUGGAAGCCAGAUGGAUUCGCCUGCACGAGCGUUCUUACUUCUUGCGGCUCUCUUGAGGCGCUAAAACCAGGAAGACAAAUCCACGCUUACUCUAUCAAGGUCAGUCUUGAAUAUGAUGAUUUUGUGAAGAAUGGCUUGAUUGAUAUGUAUGCAAAAUGCAAUUCCCUGUCUGAUGCAAGAAGAGUUUUUGAUAAUAUGACCGAUCACAGUGUGAUUUCUUACAAUGCAAUGAUUGAAGGAUAUUCUAAACAGGAGAAGUUGUAUGAAGCAGUAGAUCUUUUCCGCCAUAUGAGGGUUCGAUUGCUCCAACCAAGUCUCUUGACUUUCGUCAGCCUUCUUGGUGUGUCGGCUGCUUUGCUUACCCUGGAAUUGAGCAAGCAAAUUCAUGCUCUCAUUACCAAAUUAGGAUUCUCAUUGGACAUAUUUGCUUCGAGCGCUCUGGUAGAUGUUUAUUCCAAGUGUUCAUGCAUUAAGGAUGCUAGACUUGUCUUCGACUCGAUGAAUGAGAAAGAUAUUGUAGUUUGGAAUGCAAUGUUCUUUGGAUACGUCAAACAGUUAGAAAGUGAAGAUGCUCUAAAACUUUACUCAGAUUUACAAUUAUCAGGACAAAAGCCCGAUGACUUUACUUUUGCGGUGCUACUUACAGCGUCAAGUAACUUAGCAAGUCUUCGACAUGGCCAACAGUUCCAUAACCAGCUCAUUAAGGCGGGGCUUGAUCACGACCCUUUCAUCACAAGUUGUCUUGUGGAUAUGUAUGCAAAGUGCGGAAGCAUUGAAGAAGCUUGUAUGAUGUUUUGUUCCGCUAGUUGGAGAGAUGUUGUCUGUUGGAAUUCAAUGCUAUCAACAUAUGCACAGCAUGGAGAAGCAGAAAAAGCUCUUCAAAUGUUUGAAAGAAUGAAAGAAAAAGGAAUAAAGCCUAACUAUAUCACCUUUGUGGGUGUGCUAUCAGCAUGUAGCCACGCAGGUCUUGUCGAAGAUGGACUUCGUCAUUUUGAAUCAAUGCCAUGGUUUGGGAUCGAACCGGGGACUGAUCAUUAUGCUUGCAUAGUUUCUCUAUUGGGUCGUGCAGAGAAGCUAUUUGAAGCUAAGGAAUUUAUUGAGAAAAUGCCUAUAAAACCAGCGGGAGUGGUAUGGAGGAGUUUGCUUAGUGCGUGUAGAGUCGCAGGUAAUGUAGAACUAGGUAAGUACGCUGCUGAUAUGGCGAUUUCCAGUGAUCCAACAGAUAGUGGAUCAUAUAUUUUACUUUCAAAUAUUUUUGCAUCCAAAGGCAUGUGGGCAGAUGCCAAGAAAGUGAGGCAAAGAAUGGACUUCAAUGGAGUGGUGAAAGAAACAGGCCAGAGUUGGAUUGAAGUAAAUAGUGAUGUUCAUACCUUUGUUGCAAGAGACCGAAUUCACCGCGAUUCCAAUACAAUUUUCUCGGUUUUGGACAGUUUGAUGCUGCAUAUGAAAGGGGUAGGAUAUAUGCCUAACAAUAAAUUUCUCGUGACUAGUGAUUGAGAAUAAACACGGUGUUGGCAUAUCACAGAACAUCAAGAACAAUCUUAAGUACCCCUUUUGGAGAGAUCUAAUUUUGAACAGAUCAACGUACAGUGGCCUGAUUUUGGCUUCUUAUAGUUGGGAAAAAUAAGUUGCUGUAUGCAAAAUGUGCAGCGCAGCGCCUUUCUUUCAGGCGUUAUUUGCAAAGCCUCGGCCAUCUGAGCUGCAGCAUUUUGGUCAUGGUGUUAAGAUGUUUCUAUAUUUUACAUCUCAUAAAUU